AUGGGUGGAUGUACGGCGGUAAACUGUACGAAUUCCCGUAGGAAAGGUAUUCGUUUAUUUCGUUUUCCUAAAGAUGAAACUAGAAGAAAAAUUUGGCUUCAAAAUUGUCGCCGGGACAAAUGGGUACCUACAAAUUCGUCAGGGUUGUGUGAAAUUCAUUUUGAGGAAAGUCAAUUUGAACAGCAUCGUCAAGGUGGCAUAAAAAAACUAAAAUCAAAUGCAAUUCCGACAUUAUUUAAUGUAGCAAACCCACCUCGAUUAUUAGAAACGAAAAGAAAAUCGCUCUAUAAGACUGUGACAGAGUGCAGCAGUCAAGGCUGUAGUGAAAAUUCAAGUGAUAGUUUUCAGAAUGAAAAAAAUUUGUCACAGCUUGUAACAGUUUUGGAAAAUAAUGAUGUAUCGACCAAUAAUGGAAAUUUUAAACCGAAUGAUUCUGAUUUUGUAAAUGGUUCAACAUUACUAAAAGAAAGACAGAAACUUUUUUUAACUCAACAAGAAAAUACUAUUUUGAAAAUGAGAUUACAGUUAGGUGUUAAUGAAGCUAGCAAUACUUUUUAUUCGAAACUAUUAGAGGGUAACAAAUAUCACUUGUUGUUGUUACAAAGAGAAAAGAAAUUAUUGGAAACAAAAUUACAAAUAUUUUGUGAAACUUUAGAUGAUAUUACCAGCCCUGGAAGUGGUUGA